AUGCUCGACAACGCCCUAAAUGGCGCCAGCGUCGUCGAUGAUGCCAUACAGCACUCGGGAGUGGGUAGUCGCCCUGCUGAAGGGCAUUCGCCAGAGGGCGGUAAGACUGAAAGGGCUAUUUCUGGCUUACUAGCAGCCGCCAGUCAUGCCUCAUUUCCAGGUUUGGAUAACUCAGAGCUCGAACCCAGAACACUUACUUACUGAGCAUCGGUAAUUAAGUCACGAGCUUUUUUUAUCGUAUUAAUAUCCUUUAUGCAUGACUACUUGACUCUAUUCGACUGUUAGACGUGACAGGACAAACGUGCUCCAGGCUGCAUCCAGGUCGGUGAAAACCCCUAGCAAUAUUAACUAUCGUCCGCUCUGGUUCUGGAGCUCCCUCUACGUUUUGCGGGCAGGUUAAUUGUAAGAGCCUCCUUCGCUCUGACUACCAGCAGCUUAAUUCGUGUUCAAUUGCCUUGGCUUAACUGUACUAAGGUUAAGGAAGGAAUUCAGAAUAGGCUUCCUGAUUACAGAGAAUAGGGGAAUAUGUGCGCAGUGGAAAACGGGCCAUUAUGCUUUGCGGUCAACUGCGCUUGAACACUCCGGAAAUUGAAAUAAACUGCGGGUUUGAAGGGGAUGGAAAUUGCCAAAAAAGUGUUACUUUAUACUAUAGGGCCACAAGGCGCAGAACCGAAAAAGAAAUCUGGUGGCUCGAACUCGAUUUUCUUUUAUCAAGUUUUCCAGAAGAAUAGCCAAGUUACAUCAAAAUUAAUGACAGGUUCGGGACAGUUUGCUCCCCUCCAGUACCUUUCUAAACCGACCGUCUUAAGGGACAGUCAUAGUUUAGACUGAAGAACUUCUAACAGUGUAGAGGUCUUGAAAGUUCCAUUUUGGGACACUUUAAGAUGAAUGCUUAGAUCAGUGGAAAGUAUGUCGACGUCAAGUAUUCCCCAGUAUAACGUUAAAGUCCGCGAGAUAUUUUAUGGAUACUGAGCACUCGGCACGUCUCUACUGAAGUCAAGCCCGAAGUAAAUUUACGGCAGCUCAAGUAUUUUCGGCAGGAACCGCUGCUUUCCUUGAUGUUGCAGGCCGGUAAAGUCGAACCUCUUGAUCCUAAGUUUGUAUCCACAUAUUAUUAUAUGGUCCGCAGUUUGAGCAGUCGAGGGCAGGGAAGAAGUCUGAUAAUCGUCAGAUCGGUAAUUCUAAAUGCAGCUCGAAAGAACACAUUCUUUUUUGCGGGACGAAAAAUGAAAUACUCCGAUGUCUCUGUUUUCAUCGAAGCUGCCACAAUGACUAAGCGACACACUUUCUUCUCAAGGACACCAGAUAUGCGCGACUUAGGCAGAGAUGGCCAGUCCAAUCAACCUGUUCCCAUCAGUAGGUCCGUUUUAACACGUAUUAUGCUUAGCGUUCGGUGUAGUUUUUUUAAAGGUGAUUUCUGCAAAAAAAGGAUGCAACACAGUCACCAAGUAAUAGUCAUCUCCAUAUGUUAUUGCGCCUUGCUGCUAGCGAGGCAAGCUGAAGUAGGAUACUUAACAUUUCUUGUUGAUAAACCGUAGAACAUCUGUCCAUUUUAAUGAAACGAUAAAUAACGAAGACGUCAAGUAACCCUUUCAAAGGGACUCUUGAAAACUGAGGAAAACGAUUCAACACCGAAAGAAUGGGCAGAUACGCAUGGAAUAAAAAUUACCUAACUCUAUCUCGUCCUGUUGUUUCUGAGAAGUUAUGAGUUCGGCCAAGCAAAUUUAUUAAAAUAUAUUCCCUCAGACAGCAGUGUCUUCGGCUGAUUUGCCCCCGGUUUAACCGACACAAAACAUAAAAUCUCAAAACCCUUUUCAGAUUGCAAGCCUUAAUUCUUGAUGGGAUAUUUGACGGUUCGGACCUAUACAGCACACAGUUACUCUUACACGACGUUAAAAUUGUCGAAACUCAGUACCAGGACUGCAUUUGUAUCAGCAUCCAUUGGUAUUGAAAAGUUCAAAACGGAGGAAACAGCUUUCAGUUUGAUCGGUGAGCAUUAAUUCAAAAUUUUGAAAAACAGGACGGCAUUAGAAAUUGCCGCAAACCGUCAGAAUUCUCGUACAGAUACUUUUGUUCUGUGCGAUCCACUAUACGACGCUCCGAAUCGGCCUUUGUGUGGUCACACAAGUAUCUUGUUCGGAAUUUUUUGUCGUCCCAGGCAAGAAAGACCAAGUAGGUCACAUCCAAUCUUUUUUUUUACAGUCAUUUGUCAACACGGACACGUAUGCUCACUUAUCAGACAGUAGUGACUGCCUUCCUCGGAAGAUAUUAAGUUUUGAACAAAACUUGAUCAAUCGCAGUCCACACGGGUGACAAUUAAGUAAUAACCGUGCAAACCUGAUAUACUAAUUCAGAAAAUUCGGAAAUCCGGGUAGAUUAGUCCUGCUAUGUUACUUCCACCCGUUACCCCGCAUGCAGGAAACAGGAAGAAUGCUACCUGAUCGCAGACUUCAGACUUUUAACAGGUACAUACAGCACAUAAGUGGGACCCUGUCCACGCCACCAAACAUCCACUUAAGGCAAUAAAUCACCUUUGGAUUUUGGAAGAUAACAUUUUUUUGGGGUCCAGAGGAAACGAUGAUUAGUAUAACACUAACGCUUCUGCCAAUUCGCUUUUUCGGCGGUAUCGAGAAACAGAUGUGCUUAAUUCUUCAUCUCAUAUAGAACAAGUUUAUGAUUCGUUUCCGUAUCUGACUCCCCAAAAAUGAAAUUCUUGGAUAUAGCUAUAUGUUUGCUUGGAGUUCUUUAGACAAAUCCAAAAGGCAGUUGAAGUUUUAACAAAAGCAGGCGGAGGCGGCAGAGACAAAUGCAUAAGACUUCCCCGUGUAGGCGUCAACUCAAUGCUUCUGCCUUAGGCAGCUAGUUAAUUUUGCAAGCAAACUAUGGUGUAACGUCUGUGCGAUGUUAUAAACUUUUCCAGUCCAAAUUUUCUUCUCUACACGCGACUCCGGGAUAACCUGACUUAAUGAAUGUAACUGCACUGCAUCCUUUUUUCGCUUUUCUUAGGCAAGCUGAGUUUCUGCUCACAUCCCUGACAUAUGCACCCGCGGAAGCAUUUUGCUCGAAGGCCAAAACACACGUGACUGACAGCCGUCUUACUUUACAAAAGAGGUUCCCUGCAAAACCUAAUAGUGAGGUCAGUUGAUUGAAAAUUAUGAAAUCUAUAAGACAACUCUAAUAAGUGAGGCAGGUUGCAUGCUGGCAAUACAGACCUAUCGUUGUUUUCUCUAUCAUCAACUGAUUACCAUCUUCCGUAUUAAUUCAUUUCAAGUAGGUUCUAUCAGCUCUCCUCAAAAAUUUCGAACAGUUGGGGUAAGGUAAUACCAUACUAAUAGCACAGGUGCUAGCCAAAAGCCCAUACACGCGUGUUUUGCCGAUAUUCUGCCGCUGCAUUGCGCAGCUGCGAGGGGUUCGGCUCGUCAGUUGGUUCCCCAGCAUCCCCCAUCUGUCUGUUUUCUGCUAGAUACUCCAAUUUCGUAGAUAAUUUCUGAGGAAAUUAAAAAGUGACAAUUUCGAACAGUUUUCAUUAACUAGGGUAAGGACUCAAAGAUACUUUGGGCUACGUAGGAACUUUAAGCGUGGCGAGGGGGGGAAACAACUCACCUUAACUCUUCAGCUGUUCCACGAGAGUUAUUUUGUCGGUGAUCAUGAGAUUUACUAAUGAAUCCGCUAUGAUACAACGUGAAUAGUGCUGGGAAUUUCUUCUCUCCUGAAUUGCGCUCAGCGCAAACCACCUUAACCAAUGGGACAUCCGUCACUCUUCCUCAUUAAGCGCAACUCCUGAUCGGUGGUCACCUAAUGAACCAAUCAAAGCGCUGCUGCAGCAGCCGCACCACCGUAAGCCGACACGCGUCACUGUGGCGAGGGGUGGGCGAGUGAGACAGAGGUAGCAGGAAGAAAGGGGUAAGGCAAACCGGGCGGAGACGAUGUGGCAGGCAUGCGGGAUGUGCAUUUAGGGUAAGUCGUUUGUCCGCACUGAAAACUAUGUGCGGUGUCUCGUCCCAGCCGCCACAUCUACCAAUCACAGACUUGUAAAAUGAAUGCACAGGCUCUCUGAAUGUAGAAACUAUCCAAGUUAUAACAAGGUCGACCGAGUCGAGGAAGAUUUGUAUAACUUUUUCACGACUGAUUCUUGAGUAUUAGGUGAACUUCAUGCAAAUACUCAAAAUCCAGAGAUAAAGAACGGAACUUCACCUUGAUCCGGAGUUAUUUUUCGGACUAGGAAGAUGACCGAAUUGUUAUAAUCCCCUUUCAGUCAGGAAGAGGCCGCUGUAGGCCGCCUGGGAAUGCUGAAUGGACUUGCUAGGUGAAUGGGAUGCGGCGAUUUACAGAGUUCUACAGAAGAUUACAGAACUUCAAUAAUUCGCGAUGUUGUUAAAUGUCCUGUAAAUUAUCUCUCUCUAUGAAAAAGCUAUUUCGUAAUCUCUAGUCGAGGAGCAGUCAGCUGCUCAUAAUCUGGGGUAAUGGCUCUGGAUGACAGUUCGACCAUCGUUUUCGAUGAUGUCCACCCUGUGCCCCACAGUUGCAGCAGCAAUGGGAGCAGGGACGGUGAUUUACGCAGGGGUUUAUAGUGCCGGUAGACUUGCGUCGCAUCUACCUACACUCUCUCCUCCUCCCUCGCCCGAGCCCGGUGUCAAGACAGAGUCAAGAAGACCGGAAACGAAAGAGGCCGCAGGUGGAUGGCUUGGACGGAUCCUCACCUUGGCGUUCCACCACACCCCCUGGUCCACACAACAAAUGACCAGGAUUUCAACCAACACAACAGAGAUUUGGAGGCUGGCACGGCCGAAGCCGCACCUGGGCGUGCCGCCAACGCCUGGCUCGGAUCCCACACUGUGAUGGGAGUGCCAUAAAGGCCACAUUAAAAAGGAGCCAUUGCAGCCUGACUCUCAGACCGCCUCCGGUCAAGGAGGAGGUCCAAGUUACCCCGUCAGUUGGCAACCUUCCAAGCCAAGGCUUUUAGCGCACCGUGAUAGCUUCAAGCGCGUCAGAUUGUUUAUAGUGAGGAGAAAGUGCGCUGAGUCGUCGACCUCACUCUCCCUUCCCACUCCCACACCCCAGCUCGCGCUGGGUGCCACGAACUCGAUAAUUAUGAGAGGCCAAGUUCGGCAAACGUGAACUUCCGAUUAUUCAUCAACGGACCUCUUGUCAUCUUGCCACCCAUCUCUUGCAACAACCCACUCGCUAGCAAUAUCGGAGUCCUUCUAUCAUUGCUUUCAGGAAACAACUUAGACUACCCGUCUUCAGAGACUGAAGGGUUUCUGCACAGCUUCUAUUAUAUUGCGUGCGAUUUGCACGAACAUUGUGCUAAGAGCAAGGCACGGCAGUGUGAGGUCUGGGUAGGAAAAGGAGCACAGUUUUGUCGUUGUGUGGGUGUGGGGGUGGGUGUGCUUAGGGGGUGUAGGGAUGUCCCGUUGUGGGUACACGCAAUGGUCGCAGCAGGUUGCUCACUAGCUUGCAGGUGUUGACAACACCUAGCGUCCAUUAACUAGCACACAACCCUCACAUGUGGCUCCCCAAGGCUAUGCUCUGCCUGACGGCCACACCCCUGUAACCGCCUCAGCCGGCGGGUUCAAUCAGGUGAGGGUAUCGGUGUAUGCAGCUCCACAUACGGUAAUUCUGCCCUCCCCUCCCUCCCCCCCCCUAAAUAUCACUGGCUGCAUGGAUCACCGCAUCGCUAUCUCCCAGAUGAGGCUCCGCCUGCAACCCCACCGGAGGCCACAAGGUAAGUGACCAUCCAGGAAAGCUGAAUAACUCUUAGUUGUCUUUCCCUGCACAUCAUUGCAUUUCAGCACUCAGCAAGCUAUUGACCCAAUGACUAGAAGACCCGCCCCUUUGUCCUUAUCUGAACCUUCUCUUCCUCCACCUUCUCUCUUGCUCUAUUCUGCUCUACUGUGCCACCUCACGGUCGGAAGUUGCACGGCGAGGCCGACGACGACGACGAGAACGUCGCCUCGAACUGAGGGACACGAUCCAGUCAACCGCUCCGAGAAUCCUCGGCCGCGUACUCUAAGUGAAUUAACCGUCUCGAUACAGAAAAUAGAAAGGAGAAUAUCCAAAGAGUCAGAUCUGGGAAUAGUAAACGAUUACAGAGACUUAGCGGGCAGGCGCGGUGGUAAUCGUCGAGUCGUGUCCACGUGACCACGGAUUCUGAAAAGGGGAGGAGGAACGAAAAAGUGCGUUUAGAACAAUCGGCCGUCACACAUGGACCUCGUCACCGCCGCACGUGAAAACUGCGGCCUGAUCAUCAACACAGAGAAGACGGUGGUCAUGAAUCAACUGCUACCCAACGCAGCCGACAAUGCACCCCAAAUUAACUUCAAUGGAGCCGAACUGCAAGCCGGGGAAAACUUCAACUACCUGGAUGAUACCCUCUCUCGCAGCACCAAAAUCGACGAUGAAGUGGCCCACCAGAUUUCCCAAGUCAGUCAAGCCUUCGCUGGCUUGCAAAUCACCAUCUGAUAUCGUCAUCCUCUCCACCCCAACGCCAAACUGAAGAUGUACAAAGCAGUCAUGCUGGAGACGCUGUUGUAUGGAGCGAAGACCCGGACGGUGUAAAAGGAGGUGUGAGAGAUCAGCCACUUCCUCUGCACCUGUCUUCGACCGAUACUAAAGCCGGGGUGAUAGGCUCGGGUCCCAGACACGGAAGCAUUGCAACGGACGCGAAUCCGCAGCCAUACUGAGACGACUGCAACUUCACCGGAGCGGCCACCCCAUGCGGAUGGAAGACGAGCGGAUACCCAAACGACUCUUCUAUGGAGAUGUCACCACGGCUUCACGUCGACCAAGAGAUCACGCCCGAGGCUAUAAGGACAUUCGGAGGACCUCCUUGAAGCGCCUGCAAAUCAACUCGGCCAACUAGAAAAGCCUCCUCAGAGAUCGACUGACCUGGAGUGGAUCAGUGCAGUCAGGCGCAACAACCUACAAAGUCAACCGCGUUUCUGCCGCCAAAUUUAAACGCGAAGCUUGCAAAUCACAACUGCCCCGCCUCGCAACGCCCACACUCAACCACCCCAACCCGCCCACGAUGCCGACGGAUGUUCCGGUAACCAAUCGGUCUUAUUGGACAUCUUAGGACCCAAUGUAACACCAACACCAACUACUACAACAACAACAACAGCUACUACUACAACAACGACAACAACAACAACAGCUACAACAACAACAACAACAACAACAACAGCUACUACUACUACUACUACUACUACUACUACUACUACUACUACUACUACUACUACUACUACUACUACUACUACUACUACUACUACUACUACUACUACUACUACUACUACUACUACCACUGCUGCUGCUGCUGCUGCUUCCACUCUCGUCCCUGCGGCGAACUCUGCACCGACCGCCACCCCGUAAUCGACGUUCAGACUGUCUCCGCCCCACUGCCAUCAUCCACCGACAUCAUUCGUUCCGCCCGACCACCACCACCACCACCACCACCACCAUCAUCAUCAUCACCACUGAAACGUACUUCGGCAUUGACGAAGUAUCCUAUCUACCAAUAG